AUGAAUGCAAAGGGCAACGAUGGAUGCAAUGCGCUUCAUCAUUUGUGUGAAAACAGUUCAUGCGCAAAUUUAGUCGACGCAAUUCGUAACUUAAUCCAGUGCGGAAUUGAUGUGAACGUAAAGGUCAACGAUGGAUCAAACGCGCUCCAUUAUCUAUGUCGAUACAAUUCCAGCUCAAACUUGAUCACCGCAAUGGAAUUUUUGAUCGGAUCCAGAAUUGACGCGAAAGAAAAGAGCAACGAUGGAUCAAAUGCACUCCACUAUUUAUGUCGAUACAAUUCAAGCCCAAAUUUAACCGACGCAAUUAAACUUCUCAUCGAAAACAAAAUCGACGUGAAUGCAAAGGACAACGAGGGUUCAAAUGCUGGACAUUAUUUGAUCCAAAACUAUAAAAGUUCAAACUUAAGAAACGCAAUUCAAAUCUUGAUCGAUGAAGGAAUCGACACGACCGAAAAGGACAAAAGCGGACGGACAAUUUUCGACUAUUUAAUGGAAGAUAAAUUAAAGAAGAAAAUGGAAAUUGAAUUCGAUCGUAAUGCUUUUUUGGGGGGAGGUGGCUAUGGCUCCGUAUUUAAAGGAAAACUUGGAAACCGUCAAGUGGCAGUAAAAAGAGUUGUAUUUCAACACGUCAACAGCAAGGAAGAAGCUCUAAUGCUACAAUUGGAUCAUCUCAACAUCGUCAAACUUCUCCUUUGCGCAAGUGACAAGGACUUCCGAUACUACGCAUUGGAAUUGUGUGAAGCCUCUUUAGAUAAACUGUUUCUGAAGUCAGAUAACCCCAAAAGAUACAACGGAGCUAUGCCACGUCGUGUCGACGUUUUUCUUCAAUUAGCUUUAGGACUGGAACACAUCCAUUCACAAGGAUUUACUCAUCGAGAUGUUAAACCACAAAACAUCCUAAUUUCGAAAGGACAUGACAACGUCGAUGGUAUAACAAUCAAAUGGGCGGAUUUCGGCCUGUCCACAACAGUCAACAAACGGGGAACAUACACCAUAAGAAGUACAAUUAAAGGGACUGAAACAUGAUUCGCUCCCGAAUUACUAAAACCAUGGAGGCAAGGUGAAGAGCGUCGAGGAGACGUUAGGAGCGAUGUCUUUGCAUUAGCUCUCGUCUUCGGAUGGCUGUUUUUGUACGGCGAAAACCUUUACGGUUCUAGUCCGUAUGAAAUUGAAAAAAACAUCAUUGGAAAAGAUCCGAUCAACAUGC